GACUGAUAUUCACAUGCCACAAACCCAACUCAACCCAGCGCAAACAGGUCCCAAGUCUCGAGCCCCCGUCUUUAUUUUCCUCUCUCUAUCUCUCCGUCAGGCAAGGCUCCCUCACGCACCCACCUGGCUGGUCACCUCCCUUCUUCCGCUGCCCUCCUCUUCCUUCCUUCCUUCCUCCCUCCCUCCCUCCCCGACGACUGCCCCCGCCCCCUCCCGGCCUCGUCGCGAGGGUGGAUAGCCGCCACCGCCGCCAGAUCCUACGGGCAGAGGGCCAGAAUGCCCGCGCAGAAGCGCCGGCUCUCGUCGUCGCCGUCUUCGAGGCCCCGCGACCACGUGGAGACUAACGGGAUGACUGGUGCUUCGAAGGCCGCCGCCGGCAGCGGCGGCGGAGGAGGAGGAGGAAGCGGAGGGGGAGUUCCGCUGCCGCCGAGGGGAGGUUCCGCCGCCGCCGCCGCCGCCAAGCGGGCGGCUGACCCGCAGCCUCAGCGCGAAGGCGAUUCGGACGCGGAGUUCGGCGGCGGCGUGGACGGCGACAGCGAGUCGUCGCAGAGCGACGGCGACAUGGACGAGUUCAUAAUAGUGAAAUUAGCAGAAAUACGAAAGGAGGUCCAAUGCCCUAUCUGUUUAGGGAUUAUCCGGAAAACAAGAACUGUUAUGGAGUGUUUACAUCGGUUUUGCAGGGAUUGCAUAGAUAAAUCUAUGCGGCUAGGCAGAAAUAAUGAAUGCCCAGCAUGCCGCACUCACUGUGCAAGUAGACGUUCUUUGAGGGAUGAUCCUAAUUAUGAUGCAUUGAUUGCUGCCCUAUAUCCAGAUAUUGAUAAAUACGAAGAAGAGGAACUUGCUUUCAGUGAAGAGGAGAGGAGUCGGAACAAAAAGAUCCAAGCAACAAUUGAGGAAACAAUUCGAAGACAGUCAGAGGCAGUUGGUAAAAAGCGUUCCACAGCCAAAGCAACUGCCACUGUUUUUGCAAGGAAGUACAGGAGAAAUAUGCGAACGCGUGGUAGAGGUAAAACCAUUGCUCCUGAUAUCGCCCCUACUGGCUCAGACAACGAGGAUAGAGAAGAAGGAAAUGCCAUUGAUACCACCAAGGAGUCAUCUUCUGCUGAUGACCGCUCUUCAGAUUUAAUGCCAAAAAGAGGUAGGAAAAGGCCCGCAUCACGAGCAUCUCCUGCUAGGACCAUUGGCAGCAGUGACCAUGUCUUUGAGGAGAACGAUGAGCUGAUAGGCGGAAAAGAAAGUUUCACCACGUCUCCAUUGCGGGGGGAGAUGCUUGCAUGGGGCAAAAAUGGAACACGAAGCCAAACAAGACAUGGCAGUGUUGGUGGUUCAAAUGGCAGAAUGGCAAAGGGUGGACGCGUUGCAAAGUUGGUGGACCACCUCCGUACUACUGAUGAUAUGGAUAAGGAGUUCAACUUGUAUCUUGUUCUCCUUCCUCUUGAUGAACAAAGUAUGCCUAACUUGGAUAAGCCCUAUAUAAGUUGUCGACCAACCUUGUCCAUUCGGCAUCUUGUACAGUUCAUUGCUCUGCAGUUGUCUCGGCAAGUUGAAGAACUUGAUAUCUUUAUGAGGAUAGACCACUGCAAUGGAAGUGUUACAACACAGGACUGCACUACAGGUGUUGCAAAAAUGCGUUUAUCUGAUGGCCUGGAAAGAAUAAGGGAGGAUAAACUUCUUUCAGAGCUUCAUCCUUCUUUUACUUCUCAUCACGGUGAUCUGGAAUUGCUGUAUGCUUUGAAAACUCAAGGCUAGAUCAGAAUUUCUUGACACCGCAUUCGUCACUGUCGUUACAGAGGUACAUCUGGCCAUUCGGGCUCAGUCUGGUGAAAGGUUGUAUAUAAAAAGCAUUCUAGUGGUUCUCUUUCUUUUUUCGUGAUGUUUAAAAUAUAAUUCGAUUACUUUGUAAUAUAUAGAUUUUCAUUGUUUGCAAGGAUCAGUUGAAUUUAUUAGCGAUUUUUAUAAAUAGACUAAGUAAAUAUCCUUCUGUUUAUUCAUUUGUACCAGUUUGCUGGAUCAUGGAUAGUAGUAGAUUGUUGCGGUAAAAUCUAUUUGUUAUUCGCU